GUAUCGACAUCAUGUGUUUGUAUCAGGACACAUUUUGUGACAAGAUUCAAUUAUUAUAUGAAAACAAUGAUCUCAUAAUGGAGAAUGGUCUCUUCCGUUCGGAGACACUCCCUGUCAAUGUUUACACCAAUGAAAGCUCACCACCCGGAUAUUGUUGCCAUUUCGCCCACCGUUACCCUUCGCGGAUGUCCGCUAUCCCGCCUGAGCACGACCUUCUGCCGUAGCCAUGUCCGCGCACUCCCCUCGCCGCGGCCUGGUGCGCAUGUCCGGGUGUAGGGGCUAAGCUAUGGCGACAGGGUAUCGCGGCGGCUCCCAUACUCUCAGCAAGGAUGACGUGAACUACAGGAUGCAUUUCCGAAUGAUAAACGAGCAGCAGGUCGAGGACAUCACGAUAGAGUUCUUCUAUCGGCCGCACACCAUCACUCUGCUGACAUGCACCGUGCUCAGCUUGAUGUACUUCGCCUUCGCGAGAGAUGAUGGGAAUCCUGAUAAUAAUCUUUGGGUGGGCCUCAUUUUGGUCAUCUCUUUCUUCCUUGUCAUCAGUGUGCUGGCAUUUCCCAAUGGUCCGUUUACAAGACCACACCCAGCGAUAUGGAGGACAGUCUUCGGCCUGAGCGUCCUCUACUUCCUGUUCCUUGUUUUCAUCAUCUUCCUGAACUGGCGGCAGGUCAAACAGUUAAUGUACUGGCUGGAUCCGAACCUGCGCUACGCCAAAAGAGAGGCAGACAUAAUGGAGUAUGCGGUCAACUGCCAUGUCAUUACCUGGGAGAGGAUCCUCAGCCAUUUGGACAUCUUUGCCUUCAGUCACUUUUGGGGCUGGGGCAUGAAAGCUCUGCUCAUCCGAAGUUACGGCCUCUGCUGGACCAUCAGUAUUACCUGGGAGCUGACCGAGCUCUUCUUCAUGCAUCUCCUGCCUAACUUUGCCGAGUGCUGGUGGGACCAGGUGAUUCUGGACAUUCUGUUGUGUAACGGAGGAGGCAUCUGGCUGGGCAUGACGAUGUGCCGCUUUCUGGAGAUGAGGACCUACCACUGGGCCAGUAUUAAGGACAUCCACACCACCACAGGCAAGAUCAAGCGAGCCGCGCUACAGUUCACGCCAGCUAGCUGGACCUACGUGCGCUGGCUGGAUCCUAAGUCUUCCCUGCAGCGAGUGAUGGGUGUCUAUCUCUUCAUGAUCAUUUGGCAGCUAACAGAGUUGAACACCUUUUUCCUCAAGCACAUAUUCGUCUUUCCGGCAAGCCACGCCCUCAGCUGGUGUCGGAUCCUGUUCGUCGGUAUUAUCACAGCACCAACAGUCAGGCAGUAUUACGCGUACCUCACAGACACACAAUGUAAGAGAGUUGGGACCCAGUGUUGGGUGUUUGGGGCCAUAGCCUUUCUGGAGGCCUUGGCAUGCAUUAAAUUUGGACAGGACUUGUUCUCCAAAACGCAAGUCCUGUAUGUGAUCCUCUGGCUCCUGUGUUUGGCCUUCAUUACAUUCCUGUGUCUGUAUGGAAUGGUUUGGUGCGCAGAGACCUACGGCCCAAGAGAAAAGAGCUUCUCGGAAUGUGAGGACAGCAAUUACACGGACUUCGUUGACCCUGUGGUAGAAAGAUUUAAAGGAGACAUGGAAGACGGCAGCCCACAAGUAAGGGUGAGAGGAAAGAGCGCGGGAAAGGUCAAGUCCAUUAAUGGCGUGGAGGGCCAGUAGACUCACCUCAAAAGGUUUGGGUGGGCUUUAAGAUGUGCUUGCAAGCCCUCAAUUACACAAGUGACUAACAGUGUUGUUCACGCGCCACACCCAACAGCGCUCAUAAAACGCUCCUUUUCCACAGCUGUGCGCAUGUGCACUAAGCACUGUGUGUGUGUGUGUGUGUGUGUGUGUGUGUGUGUGUGUGUGUGUGUGUGUGUGUGUGUGUGUGUGUGUGUGUGUGUGUGUGUGUGUGUGUGUGUGUGUGUGUGUGUGUGUGUGUGGGGGGGAGGGGAAUAACUGCCAAUUGUAGGUUGAAUUGCAUGCUCCAUGUAGCUGAUCAUUUACAGACUGCAGUAUAUAUUAUUCAUUACUAGCGGCUCCAGACAUUUCAAUAUUCCAUUCCAUUCAUGUUUGAUAACAUCAACAAUAAUAAUAAUAAUAUUGUCAUCCUACAGUUUACAAAGCGUGUGUGUAUGUUUGGUGAUAAUAUCUUGAAUGUGGGCGGGGAUUCUUCCACAGCCUUAGUGACGUGGAACAAAGCAAAGCACACACACAGCUAAAGAAAGCACUUAGAAGGAAUGUACAUUUGUAACGCUUGAGUUUUUUGUGGAAUUCUCGUCCGUGAUUUUAUUAAUGGCUGCUAUUUUUUUUUUUACCAUGAUGGUAACGAAGGGCAAAUAUUCAAAUUGAUCGCUUGCCCAGUUUUGUUACGUGUGCAUGGUGGUGUCACACACAAGCAACACAACAUCUUUUUUGUCUUUUCACUCACCUUUUGUGCCUGUCUCCAUAAUCACUUGUCUUGUGGCUUUUUGUGUGUUUUUUUAAUGAAAUACGUCUUCUCGUUUGGACCGUCAGUAUCAUCUCAUGCAGUACACAACCAUGUGCAAUAUCACCUCAACAACGUUGUGCAGUAAAGGUCCCUUUGGAAGAGGGGAGUGAGAUACUGUACUGAAUCCCCCCGCCCCAAACAACUUGCUCCUUGUGCUCCCUCCGACAAGGUCAAACGUGACUCACGUGAGUGCAGUCUGCAUGAAAACACUCCCACCUCCAUGUUUGCAUGUCAGCCGUAUUGUUCAAGCUUGCAGUUUUGUAUGUUCCAGGUACACUUUUUUUUUUUAAUACCUGCUGCCUUCUCCUUUGAUGUUUUUAUAAUAUGACAUUGAAGUGAGGAUGCACCUAUAAUUCUUGACAAAUCACACAUUAGUUGCCCCCAAAAAGGUACAGAUGUUUCCUGGCUUCAAGUCAUUUGCCAAAAGCACUCAUGUUUGGAAAUGACUUGUGCUGUCCUAUAUCACUGUGAACUAUCAGAACCACAUUCAAAUGUUUGACAUGUUCUUUAAAACUCAGCGAUGCAUUCUUUGCUUUAUGUAACUUGACCCAAUAAACAAAUGUCAUAUCCGUA